UGGUGGGCGCGUACAGUGAUGUAGUUCAAAGUAACCGAAACCCUAGUUCCUCGCUCCUGUAUUAGGUGUAAUUUAUAAGCUUUAAAUUAUUUUUCUAUAAUUUCAUUUGUUGUUACUUUUGUCUCUUGUGCAUUCCAGCUUCUUCGCAUAUACCCAUAAUUGGCUUUAUUACUCGUCAGAUUAGUCGAAUUCAUUCCAUAUCUACGACCCCCUCAUGAAUGUCGUAGGGAUUUGAUUUAAUUUCUCCAGUUACAGCAUCGAAUUCCUUUCUCUUUAUUGUUUCAAUAUAAUGGCUUAUACGAGUGUCGGUGAUUACGAAAGUCGGAAAGUGGGAACGAUUACGAUGUGAUGAUUACAGAUCCAGCUGUUUACCUGUCGUUUUAGAAGCAGAAUCCCUCACACAAGAUUUGAACUUGUUGAAGGUGAUGGAAAACAGUCAAAGCACGACGAGCGUUAUUGCAAAAUUGAUGGGUUUUGAUGAAACGCCACCCCAUCAGCAGCCUGUUUCUAGGCAACAAAGGGUCUUGUCUGACAACUAUCUACAGAAAUCUGGUUCUAUAGGGAAGAGAUCAAGAACAUAUUCCCAAAACAAUCUUCUGGGAUCCAAGAAAAGGGUGAAUCAAAGAACAGAUGAUUCUUAUGUUGAGCAGAAAGUUUUGAGUUCUGAAAACAACAGAGAAAAUGGGAAAUCAGACACAGUGUUGACCGGAAAGAAGAUUUUUCUUAAACCAAACUUAGCAAAUAUACAACAAUCUACCCCACCUUCCUUUCUACUUGAUUCUCAGACCACUUUUGCCUGGGAAGCCAAGAAACAACUAUUAGAGAGGCUCAAAAUGACCAGAGUUUUUCAAGAACGUCAAUCUAGUCGUCAAAAGUGUUGUAAUCUUGGUGAAUCGUUUUCUUUGAACAAUACAAAAUCAACCUCAAGAGUUGGAAGUUCGAUUGGUAUUAGCAGCAAUGAAGGUUGGAAAUAUGAUUCUGCUACCAAAUUACCAAUAUUCAAACGUUUGAACAUUUCUAAUUUGACCAAAAAGUCUGUGAAAAUGACUACGACCGAUGUGAAGCCAGGUUCUGGGAAACUGGUGAACGUUAUGCGUACAAACACCAAGAAGAAUCAACUGGUUUCAAAUUCAGCAACUCCCUUCGUUGCAAGUUCUAACACAGAUGCAGGAACUGAGGAUGGUGAAUCUUUUUAUGGUGACACCAAAGAACAUCCCGAUAGCAAGAUUGAAGCUUAUCAUCAUAGUCCAAAUUCAGUUCUCGAACCCCCGUUCAGGGAAGACAAUUCGUCAAACUCCGAGUACUGCGAAAGUUCUAGCAACGAUCUCCAUGAUCUAUGGAUGGAAGAUGAUUUCGGCCCUGAAAUGGCUACAUCCAGCGACGACGAAAGAUCAUGUACUGGUCAAACCCUAGGGUCAAUGACACCAUUCGGAGCCAAAGAAAGUCGCGAUUUUUCAUACAUGGUAGACGUAUUAGACGAAUCAGCGUUUCAAGAUGGCGACGUGGAGAUACGUUUUGAAAAAUGGCAUUCCUCUGAAUGUAUAGCGAGCUAUUCAAUUUUUGAAACAUUAGAGAAGAAAUACGGGAAGCAAGAAUUAUGGCAAAAGUCCGAGAGGAAGCUCCUAUUUGAUCGUAUAAAUUCAGGAAUGAUCGAGAUUCUCAGACCACGGAUUGAUAUUCGUGUUUCCCCUAAUUUAUUACAGAGAAAGAUGAGAAAUAUGUCGAGAAGAGAUGUCAUCGAGGAAGAACUAUCGAUGUUUUUACUCAAUCAAGAAAAAGGAGUCAACGAUGGAGUGUCUGAGAAAGCGGUCGGAAGAGAACCAUGGUUUGAUCCGGUGGACGAAAUUGAUUCUCUCAUUACAGAACUCGAAAUCUUUUUGUUUGACAAGUUAACAGCAGAGUUGGUCAAUGUUUAAUUUUUCUAUAUAUAAUAACACCAAUCAUUCCACUUU